CCCAAACCUAAUACGGUGUCCAACUAUCACUCACCUGCGGCCUAGUGAAGUCUUUAUGCGAAGAUCGAAGAACGAAGGUCGACGAGGAGCCUGGCAGCUUGCAUCGAGCCGAGGAAGACGCUGUGAACUGCGAACACCAGCUGACCUGCGGCCACCAGCCGCGCCGCCGACGCCGUCGAAAACUCAGCCGUGUUUUCUCUCCGGCUCUCCGCUCUGCCUGUAGCUCCUGGGCUCCAGCCUCUAGGUGACCAGCCCACCCCAUUGUGGACUUCUGAUUCUGCCCCUCCCGUCAGCCGCUUCAUGGGUAAUCUGAUCAACCGACCACAUCUACAACAGAAUCAUGUCAUCAAUCUACAUCGGCACCAACUUCUUGGGUAGCUAAUCUGCUGAGAAAAUCGUACCAAGACACCUCCCCACCCAUCAAAUUGAGCUUCAAGGAUCAAGAUCGACACUUCUAUAUUGAUUCCAGAACAAAUUCAGAAAUCUUUUUCAGAAAGGAAUGAUUGACAUGAAGUGAUUUCCUCCACUCGGGUUUGAUCCCCUCAACAAGAGCCUUCCAGCCGGGUCGUCUACAAUUCCGGAAGGUCAUCUUUUCACUUCGGAACAAGUGGUAAGGUUUAUCUAUCAUUUGAUAUCGCUAAAUCACCAUCACCGAAACAAAGACAAUUUGGUCACCGACGUUGAAUUGGCAGAGGGGAUAUAUCACCACCAUAAGCUUGUUUCGAGACAUAUGCAAAGCCAACAUCUUAUUUCUCGUGCUGGUUUGGGGGCACUGAUGGCCUAGAUGACCCAGCCCAGAUGGUCCAGAUUGCCCAGGUGAGGUGCAGGCUGGAAUGUAGGUACGAAUGGUCCAAAUGCAAGUUCAGAUGACCCUGACGUAUGUCCAGGUGCAGACAGAAAUGCAGGCCCAGUUUGCCCAGAUGCAGAAUCAGAUCGCCCAUUUUUAGGCACAAACUUUUGACCGAUUUGCUUGGUUUGGUGCUAAAACUCAGGUUCCACGUGCCUGGCCGUACAAUUCCAUGCGGAGCAAUACCGAUAACAUCUGCGUCGUAUUAAAAUUUUUGCACAACCAUCCUGCCCAAAACUCUCUAUACUUUGAUUUUGAUGAACCUUAAUGUGCCGUAGGGGCAAAUCCCUUGUUGGCCUUAUUCCUGACAACUUUUUAGACAUUAAUCAUCUUGGGCAUGAUCAUUUGGACUCUAUCCAUUGGUUCUAUAAUGAACCAUUAUUGGUUAUAGAUGGAUUCACUUUGCAUCAUCAUCAUGUCCAACUUGUUGAUUUUUUGAGGGUUUAGAUGCUUGGGUAAGUUCAAUCAUAUGUAAAGAAUUUUUUCGAUUUAUUUUUUCCUUUCAAAUUAAAUCAUAUUUUUUAAGAUUAAUUACUUAGUUAAACUAUAUAAAAUUUAGUUAAGUAAUUAAUUUUAAAAUAUAUGAUUUAAUUCGAAAAGAAAAAAUUAAUCACAGAAUAUCUUUAAGUAGGACUUAAUUUACCCAAACAUGUAAGCUCUCAAAAAAUGAGCAAGUUUGUGGUGACAAUGAUGCAAAGUGAAACCAUCUCUAAUAAGUAAUGGUUCAUUAUGGAACCAAUGUAUGGAGUUCGCAUGAUCAUGCUCAAGAUGAUUAAUGUAUCAGAAGUUGUCAGGAAUAAGGCCAACGGGGGAUUUUCCCUUACGACAUAUCGAGCUUAAUCAAAAUCAAAGUGCAAAAUUUUUACUACAACGCGGAUGUUGUCGGUAUUACUACGAGUGCAAUUGUAUCCCCGGGCACGUGUAACCUGAGUUGUAGCACUAAGCCCCGCAAUUCGAUCAAGAGUUUGUGCCUGAAAAUGGGCGAUCUGGUUUUGCAUCAGGGCAAUCCGGACCUGCGUCUGGGCCAUCAGGGUUUGCAUCUGGACCAUUUGGACUUGCAUUCCUGUCUCCACUCUGGCAAUCUGGGCAUGCAUAUGUACCAUUUGGGCAGAUGCAAUCUGGGCCAUCCGUGCCGAAGCCAGCUUGAACUAAUUAUUGGACAUGCAAUUUGCCUAUUUAUAACUCUUAUUGUUAGUGAAUGUUGUGCUUGAGUUUUUCAUCUACCCUUAUAAGUUAAGUAAGAUGAAAGAGGUGACUUUCCUUGUACAGGUCAUCUUGCAGGCUCGUGGUUUUAUUCCGUGUCUUUUGAAGAGUAGUUUUGAGUACAAGAACAUUUUUAAACUUUUAUGGUGUGUUUUUUUAAUCUCUUUUUUACCAUUAGUUCAUAAAUGCUUCAGUUUCAAGAGCAUGUUCUCUUUUUUUGUUUCUGAAUAUUUGAAAAACAUUGUACCGGAGAGAAUUCUGCCAGUUCAACGUCGGUGACCAAAUUAUCUUUGUUUCGGUGAUGGUGAUUUAGCUAUCUUAAAUUAUAGAUAAACCUUACCACAUGUUUCGGAGUGGGAAGAUGACCUUCCGGAUUGUAGGCGACCCGGCUGCAAAAUAAAUUUGUAAUUUGAAAGGAAAAAAUAAAUCAAAGAAGUUUUUUAAAUAAGACUGAACUUACCCAAACAUCUAAUCCCUAAAAAAAUCAGCAAAUUGGCGAUGAUUAUGAUGCAAAGUGAAUCCAUCUCUAACCUGUAAUUGUUCAUUAUAGAUUUAUUAUUUUUAUUGGGUAGAAUUUAAGGUGAAGUUUGUUGUCUUAAAUAUUUAACCGGUGGUGUUUGUGUGGGUUUGUGGCGUUAUGAUCAGGGGUCUCUUGCUUUUGGUUAUAGUUUUCCUAUAUUGAAUUAGAUGAGUUUUUGAGUUCAAUUAGGCGUUUCACAUUUUUAAGGGUUUUUUAUUUUUGAUUACGAGUAUUAAAUAUUAAAUAUGAUUUCCCUCCUUUGUAAGAAUCUUUUUCAGAGGCGAAUGAUUGACAUAAAGCAACUUAUUCCACUUGGGUUUGAUCCCCUCAACAAGAGUCUUCUAGCCGAUUCGCCUACAAUUCCGGAAGGUCAUCUUCCCACUUCAGAACAAGUGGUAAGGUUUAUCUAUCAUUUGAGAUUGCUAAAUCACCAUCACCGAAAAAAAGACAACUUGAUCACCGACGUUGAACUGGUAGAGGGGAUAUAUCACCACCAUAAGCUUGUUUCGAAACAUAUGCAAAACCAGCAUCCGUUUUCUCAUGUUGGUUUGGGGGCACUGAUGGCCCAGAUGACCUAGAUGCAGGCCCAUAUGGUUCAUAUGCAUGCGCAGAUUGCCUAGGUGCAGGCUUGAAUGCAGGCCCAUAUGGUCCAAUGUGGGCCAUCAUCUGGGUCAUGUGGCUAUUAGUGCCUCCAAGCCAGCAUGAGAAAAUGGAUGCUGGCUUUGCAUAUGCCUCGAAACAAGCUUAUGGUGGUGAUAUAUCCCCUCUGUCCGUUCAACGUCGGUGACCAAAUUGUCUAAUGGUGAUUUAGCGAUCUUAAAUGAUAGAUAAACCUUGCCACUUGUUCCGGAGCGGGAAGAUGACCUUCUGGAAUUGUAGGCGACUCGGCUGGAAGGCUUUUGUUGAGGGAAUCAAACCCAAGUGGAGGAAGUUGCUUUGUGUCAAUCAUUCCUCUCUGAAAAAGAUUCCUGCAAAGGGGGGAAUCAUAUUUAAUACUCGUAAUUAAAAAUAAAAUACCCCUAAAAAUGUGAAACUCCUAAUAGAACUCACAAACUCAACUAAUUCAAUAUAAGGAAAACUAAAAACCAAAAGCAAGAGGCCCCUGAUCAUCAUGCCACAAACACCACUAAUUAAAUUUCAAAAACAACAAACCCCACUUUAAAUUCUACUCAAUAUCAAUAAUGAACCAUUACUGGUUAGAGAUAGAUUCACUUUGCCUCAUGACCAACUUCCUAAUUUUUUAAGGGCUUAGAUGUUUUGGUAUGUUCAGUCCUAUUUAAAGGAUAUCUUUGAUUUAUUUUUUCCUUUCAAAUGAAAUCAUAUUUUUUAAUAUUAAUUACUUAAGUUAUACUAUAUAAAAUUUAGUUAAGUAAUUAAUCUUAAAAAAUAUUGUCUAAUUUGAAAGAAAUAAAUAAAUCAAAAAAAUUCUUUAAAUAGGACUGAACUUACCCAAACAUCUAAGCACUCAAAAAAUCAGCAAAUUGGCCAUGACGAUGAUGCAAAGCGAUUCCAUCUCUAACCAAUAAUGGUUCAUUAUAGAUUUAUUAUUGGUAUUGGGCAGAAGUUAAGAUUGAGUUUGUUAUUUUAAAGAUUUAAUUAGUGGUGUUUGUGUGAGUUUGUGGCAUGAUGAUCAGGAGUUUCUUGCUUUUGGUUUUUAGUUUUCCUUAUAUCGAAUCAGAUGAGUUUGUGAGUUCUAUUAGGGGUUUCACAUUUUUAUGGGUUUUUAUGGUUUCCCACUUUGCAGGAAUCUUUUUCAGAAAGGAAUGAUUAACAUGAAGCAAUAUCCUCGACUUGGGUUUGAUCCCCUCAACAAGAGCCUUGCAGCCGGGUCGCCUACAGUUUCGGAAGGUCAUCUUCCCACUCUGGAACAAGUUGUAAGGUGUAUCUAUCAUCUGAGAUCGCUAAAUUUGGUCACUGACGCUGAAUUGGCAGAUGGGAUAUAUCACCACCAUAAACUUGUUUCGAGACAUGCAAAGCCAGUAGCUGUUUUCUCGUGCUGGCUUGGGGGCACUGAUGGCCCAGACCCAGAUGCAGGCCCAGAUCAUCCAGAUGCAUGCCUAGAUUGCCCAAAAUGCAGGCUGGAAUGUAGGCACGAAUUGUCCAAAUGCAAGUUCAGAUGACGCUGACGUAUGUCCAGGUUGCCCAGGUGCAGACAGAAAUGCAGAACCAGAUCGCCCAUUUUCAGGCACAAACUUUUGACCGAAUUGUGGGGUUUUGUGCUGAAAUUUAGGUUCCACGUGCCUGGCCGUACAAUUGCAUUCGGAGCAAUACCGACAACAUCCGCGUCGUAGUAAAUUUUUUUGCACAACCAUCCUGCCCAAAACUCCCCAUACUUUGAUUUUGAUGAAGCUCAAUGUGCCGUAUGGGCAAAUCCCUCUUUUUGCCUUAUUCUUGACUACUUUUUAGACAUUAAUCAUCUUGGGUAUGAUCAUUUGGACUCUAUCCAUUGGUUCUAUAAUGAACCAUUAUUGGUUAUAGAUGGAUUCACUUUGCAUCAUCAUCAUGACCAACUUGUUGAUUUUUUG